CGGGACGUGAACCGGGCAGGUAUCCGGAUGGAUGAGCAUUGUUAAGGUUCAGUGUGCCAGGCCUGGGGGUGGUGCUGUCCUCAGGGCCGAACCCGGGCAACGUGGGCGGGGCCUGUAGCGGACCGCCCUUCGGGUGAGGCUCUUAGUGGGAGUGGGGCCUUGGUAGUGAGCUGGUUUCCGGGCGAAUGGGCGGAACCUGGCGGGGUUGAGUUGCCCUCUAGCCGUGUGGGCGGGGUCCUGGCUAGAGGGCCCGGGAGCUUAAGUGAGCGCGGUUGAGGCUAAUGGGUGGGGCCAGCGGUCUUCUGGAUGGGGGGGCAGGGUACGGGUCGGGCAGUCCUCCGGGCGCCAGGCGCCGCUGCGGAGCCAGCCACUGCUGGGCCGUGCCGCGAGGGGCGGGGCAGUGAGUGUUUACAUCCGCCCGGGCCCCGACGACUCCCGAGAUCGCUCGGCCGGGGGUCCAGCCUCCUUCGCCAUGGACACCAGCGACCUGUUUGCCAGCUGCAGGAAGGGGGACGUAGGCCGUGUGCGAUCGGAAGCAGUUCUGACCCAGGCUCUGCACUUCCUGCGCAGGUACCUGCUGGAGCAACGAGACGUGGAGGUGAACGUGCGGGAUAAGUGGGACAGCACCCCUUUGUACUAUGCCUGCCUCUGUGGACACGAGGAGUUGGUGCGCUACCUGUUGGCUAACGGGGCCCGCUGUGAGGCCAACACCUUCGAUGGAGAACGGUGUCUCUACGGGGCGCUAAGCGACCCCAUUCGCCGGGCACUGCGAGACUACAAACAGGUCACUGCAUCCUGCAGGAGGCGGGAUUAUUAUGAUGAUUUCCUGCAGAGGCUCCUGGAACAGGGCAUCCACAGCGACGUGGUCUUCGUGGUACACGGAAAGCCGUUCCGAGCCCAUCGCUGCAUCCUUGGUGCUCGCAGCACCUACUUCGCCAACAUGCUGGACACCAAGUGGAAGGGCAAGAGCGUCGUGGUUCUCAGGCACCCCCUGAUCAACCCGGUGGCCUUUGGGGCCCUACUGCAGUACCUGUACACAGGCCGCCUGGACAUUGGUGUGGAGCAUGUGAGUGACUGUGAGCGCCUGGCCAAGCAGUGCCAGCUGUGGGACCUGCUGGAUGACCUAGAGGCUAAAUGCGAGAAGGUGUCUGAAUUCGUGGCUUCCAAGCCUGGCACGUGUGUGAAGGUGUUGACUAUUGAGCCCCCUCCAGCAGAUCCUCGGUUGCGGGAGGAUAUGGCACUGCUGGCUAGCUGUGCCCUGCCACCUGAGCUGCGGGGUGACCUAGGAGAGCUGCCCUUCCCAUGUCCCGAUGGCUUCAGCAGCUGCCCUGAUGUCUGCUUCCAAGUGGCCGGCUCCAGCUUCCUCUGCCACAAGGCUUUCUUCUGCGGCCGCAGCGACUACUUCCGAGCCCUGCUGGAUGACCACUUUCAAGAGAGCGAGGAGCCUGCCGGCUCCGGGGACCUCCCGGUUGUCACCCUGCACGACAUCUCCCCGGACAUCUUCACUCAUGUGCUGUACUACGUGUACAGUGACCAUACAGAGCUGCCCCCUGAAUUGGCCUAUGAUGUGCUAAGUGUGGCGGACAUGUACCUUCUACCUGGCCUGAAACGGCUGUGUGGCCGCACCCUGGCCCAGCUGCUGGAGGAGGACAGUGUGGUGGGUGUUUGGCGCGUAGCCAAGCUCUUCCGCCUGGCCCGACUGGAGGACCAGUGCACUGAGUAUAUGGCCAAGGUCAUCGAGAAGCUGGUAGAGCGGGAGGACUUCGUGGAGGCCGUGCGGGAAGAGGCAGCAGCUGUAGCCGCCCGGCAGGAGACGGACUCCAUUCCGCUUGUCGAUGACAUCCGCUUCCAUGUAGCCAGCACAGUCCAGACCUACAGCGCCAUUGAAGAGGCGCAGCAGCGGCUGCGGGCGCUUGAGGACCUGCUUGUGUCCAUUGGCUUGGACUGCUGAGCCCUUGCUGCCUGGUAGCCCUGGGGCCAGGGCUUCCAUGGUGACGAGCAUGCCGUGUGUGCAUGCAGCAACUGUUGGCUCUUGCACGCUUGGUGGCAAUACAGUGGGCAGAGGGGACCCAUUGGGUUCCUGUGAUGAGCCUCCUCCUCCAGUGCACAAGAAAGCCCCGAGACUUGGGGCCGUCACCACUCAGGGAAAGCUGGGGUACGGUAGGCUUGGAACUUAGUCCCCUCUCCUCCAGCACCUCACUUGCUCCUUCCUGGCUUUCACCCAGCCCUGGCUUUGGCUGUUUCCAUGUACAUGGCUGGACAGGGGGAGCGUGUGUUAAUAAAGCUUGAAUUCACUG